GUGUGUAGCACCAAAUCCUUCACCACUGCCUAUGAGACUGCUCCUGGUUUAGUUUAUCCAGCUACUCUUAUGAGCAUGCUUCCCGACAUAAACUCCAGGUUUCAAAAAGGGGUACAACAAUGUGCUGCUGAGUUCUUUCAGGAAUACUGUCGUUAUCUUGGCUAUAGAUUCAAUGAGUGCCAAAACAAUGGUUUCAUUCCCCAGCACAUUGAUUUGUCAUAUUUGAAAACAUUUUUUUUCAAUCUGAGAAGUGAAAUACUUUGCUUGAAGUGUAACACUGUGAGCUGCAACUCUAGCAUGGAGACACUUCUUCCUCUUCACCUUGCCCAGGUAACAACCUACGUGUAGUAUAAUGAAGAAGUAGAAAAGAGAAGAUAUGUUAGGUCUCAGCAAAUGAUCACUGAUAUGGUGGCUUAUUUUCUGAAAAUACAUCUUGAAAGCAUGCUAAACAAUCAUGGUUAACAUACUGAUCACAUCUUGUUAAUUACUUGCCAAAUUAACCAUCACAGGGGUCAAAAGUCAAUAAUGAAAGCCGCUUGGAAAAUACAGUGUUACUAUGAAAGCCACAAAACAUACAUAUAAGGCUGUAAAAAAUCACAUAAUUGAUUAAGUUUUCUAAAGUAAUAUAAUUAUGAAACAUGAGACACUGGUUUGUCACAAGAGAUCAAACACUUGCACCGUAAAGAAUGACUUCUCCUAACCUGGAGGUGUUACUGCUACUUUUCCAAAAAACUUUUUAGAAAAUAAGAAAUAUAUAAGCGUAAGGGUGAAAAGAUAGGGAGAUUUCCAUUACUUUGUACUCCUUUGUACUUUCUUUUAAUUAUGAAUUAUACUGACUGAGGGGUUAAAAGGGGAAUGGGAAAAGUAGCAAGGAAAAUCAAUUGUUCUGCUAUUCAAAUGAUUUUAAUCACAUUUUCAUUAGGGAAGCAGUCUUCAGGAGCUUGUAAAGGCUCAUAGCCAACCAGUACAGCUGGAGACACCAUACAUGUGCUACAAGUAA